UCAGUAGUCCACGAUAUGUGGCGCGCCGCCCUAAAUAACAGCCCUGGGCCACAGCCAGGGCCGUGGGGCGCCCCAGCACGCGGGCCGCACGGGGUGUCUCCGUCCCCGGGGGGCGUGAGCAGACUGUAAACAAGGGGCUGGACGUCACGUGGUAGUGUUCCUCGGGUAUUUUGCGCAGUUUCAAUGGAACUUUGCCCACACGAGCCGUUAAGGUGUAUGUGUGCGGUGUCUGCAGCCCUGGUAACAUACCUGUCGGGAAGGCGCCGUCCCCGGGAGCGGAAGUACCCUGGCUGAGUGUCCAGCUAGACGUGUCACCAACAAAGCAUAGUAAUCUGAUUUGCUGGUGUGUGUGUGUGUGUGCCAGACUCCCGUGUGCUGGGAGCGUGGUUUGCUGGAUGUUUGGAGGCUCUCAUGUGUCUUGCCGUAUUUCUCGUAUUGCUGAAAAAAUCACAACCCCGACGGCACCAUGAGGGCAGUCUUAGAAAUGCUGUGGCCUUAGCAUAGGAUGACCCAUGAUCUUCAAUUAUGGUGUGAGGAUUGUCAAACAAGCCAAGAAGGGGAUUGUCAGAAGCAUGGUCCAUUGAAAAAAGUGUCAGACACGGAAGUCUCUACUCGUGCCAGACGCUCCAUACCACACAUUCUUCAGCUGAAGGAAGAAGCUUCUUGUACUGGUGUUUAUGCUAAGAGAUCACUGAGUAAAAGACUGCAGUUUGGUCCUCUGCAAGCCAAGAGAAUCACUGCAGGCAACCAGCAGUUGGCACUUGAAGAAAAAAUUAAGGAAAGGUUUGGUGUUGUUUACAAGAUUGUGAGUAAAGAGAGUGAGACCUUACUUCUGGACACUCAGCAAGAGGAGCUCAGUAAUUGGAUGAUUUUUGUGCGGCCAGCCGAGAAAAAAGCUGAGCAGAAUUUAGUAGCAUUUCAAUAUAAAGGAGAUAUAUAUUUUGCAACAAUCAAGGAAAUUCCAGCACAAUGUGAGCUCAAAGUUUGGUAUUCCAAGGACUAUGCUGAAAGGAUGGGAACAAGAAUACUCGCAGAGGAAGGUGUAUCAUGGCAGUUUCGAACUCGUCAAAGGUUUCGUUGUCGUGGAUGUGAAGUCGUUUUUAGCAGUGCUGCCAGCCUGACCAACCACCGCUGUGUGAGAACUUCUGAGACACCAAAGAGCGAGGCAUCAAGCAGUCGUGGAAGGCAAGGCAAAAAGGGUAGAAGGCUUAGUGAGGAGGCUGUCGCGCCUGUCCCUUCCACUUCAGGUAAGAAGACUGUAGUCAGGAAAGGCUCACAGCAACAGCAACAACAAAGUGGUAAGCCAGUAUCUAAGUUGAAAGUGGAACUAGACUCCUCUGAGGAAUCAAGUGACAUUGAACUUUUCAAUCUUCCACCUCAGCGGAGAAGUCCACGGUCAAGCCCUAGAGGGCGAGGCAGUGUUUACAGUUGUGAUAUUUGUAAAAAAGUAUUCCUCAGUCCUGGAAAAUUAAAGCAACACUCUUACUCCCACACUGGAGAGCGGCCAUUUUCAUGCGUCCUUUGCCACAAGGCUUUCUCCUCUCGGUUCAAGUUAGUGCGCCAUCAGCUGAUCCACACCACUGAGCGCCAGCACCAGUGCCCCAGGUGUGAACGUAGCUUCCACCGCAAAGACCACCUAAAGAACCAUAUCCAAAUCCAUGAACCCAACAAGCAGUUCAAGUGUGAAAAAGCUGACUGUGGCAAAGAGUACAAUUCUUAUAUGUCCUAUAGAAAACACUGUGCUGUGCAUGCUGCUGAAGAAGGAGACUUGCAGUGCAAAAUCUGUCAGAAAAUGUUUGAAACAAAGCCUGACCUCAUCUACCACCUUAAAGUUCAUGUGGGAUCAAGAUCGGUCAAAAGUCCCAGUGAAAAAAAGUUUCAAUGUGACCAUUGUGAUCGCCGGUUCUUUACUCGAAAGGAUGUGAAACGUCACCUUGUAGUUCACACAGGAAAGAGGGAUUUUAGUUGUACUAUUUGUCCACAAAAAUUUGGUAGAAAAGACCACUUGGUAAGGCAUAUUAAGAAAAGCCAUGGCAUUGCAGAUUUAAGUCGCAUGGAAGGACUUGAGUUUAGUGCCACUCAUAGUUCUGCGCCUCAGGCACUUUCUCCAAAUGUUAGUGUUGCUUCUUCACCCCCGUCUGCAUCAGGCACACAUCCAUUGCCCAUGGUGAUACUGCCUGAGCCAGUUGCAGGGCCAUCCGGAUUGUCUGGCUCUGCUGGUCUCUCAGGCGCCUCAGGCCUACUGGAUCAAGGUGAAAGCCAGUUCAUUACACCAUUCCAGCAAGACUUGAGAUUAUUUGAGGAAACUGUGAAAGAGGAGCCAGAACUUCAACCAAGCAUGGAGGAAAUUGGCCCAGAAGGGGAUGAUUUGAGUAAAAUCCUUGGAAUGUAUCUACCCUCUGGAUCUAUCAACCUCCCUGGCCCAUCUUUAUUAGAUCCAUCAUCAAGCCGCAGUGAUGAAGGGGAAUCACAACGCAGCCACCUGGAGUCUGUUAUGCUGCGUCUUGCUCAGGAGGAGCACAAAGAAUCUGUAUUGCAGAGCUUCCCACAAGAAUCUGUAGGGCCUAGAGAAGAGUAUGGCCAGGAGAGUUUGAUGUCUGCCAGUUUAAUGCCUGGUGAAUCUUCAGGUAUGUCCACAAGGCCAUUACACUCCCCGGGGCAGGUGUCCCAGCUCUCAGGAAGCAGUGUCCCUGUUGUCAGCCCCUCCACUACCACCACUGCUGCAGCUGCCACCCCUGCAGCAUCAAGUGUACCAAUCACGACAGCCACCUCACAGUUCCCCUCACUGCCAGGGUUUGAUGAAGUUUUUCCAUCAUGAAUAAUUCUAAGGGUUGUGACACUAACUAGUGGAUACAUUUAAUGAAUAUGCAAAUAAGACAUUCUUAAAAAUAUUCUUUUGCAGCAGUUCAGAAGAAUCAUUCAUAUAAGAUACAUUGUGUCCAAAAUCCUGUGAAAUUAUUUGUUAAAAAUGCUAAAAGAUAUUUAAAAGGUAAUUAUUUUAAUUUUGGCUGGGAAUUUUGUAUGAUAUUUGGUUGUAAGUCACUUCUGAAUGAGGCAUUAACAAUUAUUUUUAUUACUUAUUACUUGUAUGUAGUGCCAGAAUAGAUGUAAGUGUCUGCUGCAAUAUUGUUGGUGGCACAGUUAAUAGGUAACUCAACUGUGAAAUUUGAAGUGAAGAGAAAUCACAGUGUUGGAAACAGUAUCCUUCUCAUACUGGAACUCUGUUUGGGACUAGGUGGUGCAGUGGAAGAGGCUCUGACUCCUGAUCUGAUGGUCAAGAAGUGUUCAAGUCUUGGCCAGGGCACCAUAUAGUGGGAGAAGUAGUGUUCUUCUGUAACCCUAGCUGGGCUAAUAAUCUUGGAUAUUAGGCUCCAUGAAAAUCAAUACCGACUCUUGAAUCACCUGACCAGAAUUUAAUGCAUCAAACAAACAAAAUAUUUGGAUAAAUGGAAGUUUUUCUUCCUGUCAAUGAACUCAAGAAUGUUUCCUCAGUCAUGCAAGAAACGAAGUACCUGAUUGGCAUAAUCCUGAAGCUUGUGUUGUAUUGCAGUAGUCAGAGUGUUUGUUGUAGUUCCUGUAGGUGUAGCUUCUUAUAAUUCUGUCAUAGAUUUUAUAUAUUUUUAGUUUUUAGGAAAUUACUUAAGAUAGUUUUAUUCCUCAAAAUUCAAGCCCUCUUCUACCUCUUCUAGGGUUAAGAGCAAUGUAAGGAAACAGGAGUACAAAAGUUGAAGGUAUGGAAAUCUUGUCAUUAUGACAGUAUGCAGUGUCUAGCUUAGAAGGAAAGUUAGGUUAUUGUACUGAAGCUGUUUGCAGUGGGAUUAUAAGUGGUGUCAUAAGCUCUCACAUAUUUUAAUAAUGAAGCUAGAUCAUAGACAUCCAUAUAGUAAUAAUAUGCAAAUUCUAUUUUUCUAUGAGAUGAAAUCUGUCUUUUUUUUUCUUAUAACAUUUAGUAAUUUUGUUUCAUAAUAUGGGUCCUCAUUUUGUUGCAUGUUAUGGAUUCUUAUUUUCACAGACUAGAGGUGCCAGUGCACUGGGUUAUUAUGUGGUAAUGGGUCUCUCCUGGCUGGCCUAGAGAGUUACAUAUUCCCUGAACACUUUUGUGACCAGUCGUUGCUGCACUCUACGUUAGCUCAGCAUCUUUUUAUUUCAUACUUGAUAUGCUAAUCUCUUUGACAUAAUCAACUGAAGUAAUUGCUGCAAAAAACAGUUUAGCAGUUAUAAAAAGCAUAUUGAUUGCACUCAUCAUAUUUCAUGUCUGUCAUUGCACUGCUGGUUUGAAAUGUAUACUAUAUAAUUUCAAAAGAAAUAUUGUUUUUCCAUUAAGUGCCGAGUUCGUUUUCAUUAUAUCUUAUACACGGGUGGAUCCAGUGUGGAGCCAGGAGGUGCAGUUCCCCCCCACAUACACUAAUGAAAAUUUUUAGGGGAAAUAUUUUGUGCAUUUUCAAAUGCUCUGUGUAUUUUACCGAGAGAGAAAGAGAGAGAGAGAGAGAGAGAGAGAAUAUAUAUAUAUAUAUAUAUAUAUAUAUAUAUAUAUAUAUAUAUAUAUAUAUAUAUAUAUAUAUAGAUAUAUAUAUAUAUAUAUAUAUAUAUAUAUAUAUAUAUAUAUAUCAGAUUCCCCUAGCUGGACCUUGUUCCUCCAUACAGCCCUGCCAGGGUGAUGAGAGACUACCUCUCCCAGCAGGGCAGCUAAUCGGGCAGGUUACCACAGAGCUAACCGGACCCCUGAGAGAGAGAGAGAGAGAGAGAGAGAGAGAGAGAGAGAGAGAGAGAGAGAGAGAGAGAGAGACUUUUGUAGCCUUACUGAAAGUAGGCUUCCUCUUCAUUCAUACUGAUUCAUUUACUUCAUCGUGUCUUGUCAGUGCACUGUACACCUGUGAAAAAGCAGUACCGGUGACAGAAGAGCUGGUGACUUUUUUUCAGAUUAGAGGGAAGUAGCCUCAAUAUCUCCAAAGUAUGCAAUGAGUCAGUGUAGUCAGGCCUCCUGUGUUCAAAGUUUUACUUCCAUUGGCAUUUUUUGGAGAUUAGGGAAGCUAUUCACGUAUGGGUAUACACAUAUGUCUCAGGAUAGUGUUUAUCUGCAGAUCAUGUAUGUCUGCUAUAUAUUAUGGCAAAAUUUGUUUUACUUGAUCCAGUCCAUAGCCAAUAUUAGUCUAUUAUCAACUUAUAAUCUUAAGUAUAAAAUGCAAGAUGGUGCACAGAAUUGUUAAUUUAUUUUUUCGUUUUUCUUGAUAGCCUCUGAAUCUGAUUUGAAUCUGAUUAAAUAUCCCAUGGGCAUCACUUGUACUAGAUUUAGUGACAAAUUUUAAUAAGAUAAAGAGGACCCGAAGUAUGCAGUGGUAACAGCUACUUGAGGAAAAGAGGACCUAUUUGCUUUGUUCCUCAAUCUAAAUAAAGUGAUAAACUCCUCUUGACAGAUUUAAUGUGUUACAAAGUACUUUCAGCAUGAUUGUACAUUAUCUUCUUCAUUAGGCCUUAUAUCCAGUCUUUACACACAUUAUAUCCACGAACUCCUCACCCUGUCAUACCCAGAUAUUACCAGGUUUUGAUACUCUUAAUCCCUCUCUGUAAUGCAUUGUUGUAUAUUGGUCCCACACGUCCAACAAACACUUCAGAGAAUGUAAUGAUUCUCACAUAGAUUUUUUUAUCUGUGUGAUUAUAAACCUAUAAAUUGGAAGCAGUGGAUAUGAAAUGAAUGUAUCAAUGCAAUGGCAAUUCUUUGAAACUGAGAUAAUGUUAGUAUAAUAAUUCACUCCUGCAUGGAGAGGAAGCCAUGGGUUUGGUGCUGUAGGGUGGGUGAUGCAACGUGACCCCUGGGAUAUGCCCGGUGCAUGCCCUUAUUGAUUGAUUAUAUUGAUAAUAUUCAGUUGUCUCCAUAGAGUAAAUAUGUUCAUAAUGCAGUAGACUCAACUUUAGGGGGGAUUGUCCACCAUGAAUUUUUGAAAAAUACCAAAAUAUUCAGGAAAAUUUCUCCAGGCUCUAGCACCUUUCUUCUAGCACGUUAUAGCAAAAUGUGAAAAACUAAAUGAGUUCCAUCUAUUUUUCUCACACGCUCUGCAUAGUGUGGUUCACGCACUUGCAGAAUUAUUUGACGAUGAGACAUGGUCUUCACAAAAAAUGGGGAAAAUUGCUUCCAAAUGGCAUUUACUGGUAUAUAUAUAUAUAUAGACUACCUAGCAACUCUACUGAGUGGCUUAUAAAUAGUAAGGGAGGAGUGGAAGAAAGGCAAACCUGAUGAGACAUCUGUUCGGAGCUGACAGACAUCUCCAAGGCAUUCCAACCCCAGGCGAAAGAUACAGAACGUGUAUCAUCAUCAAAUGUAUGCAGAAAUAAGCAGAAACUAUCUUACAGUGAUGAAUUUGUACCCGGAGUACCUGUGGUGUUUCCUUCAAGCUUCAAGCUUGGACAAAAUAUAUCUUUCAUUAGGGUGGAACAGGUACUGGAUACACUUUAUACCUUUGAAAUACCAUGAAAUGCAUUAAGAUUAAUGUAUAAUUCAUACCUAUGUACUGAACUUUCUCAUAUGGGUGCAAAGUCAGAAAAAGAAAAAAUACUUAGAAGGCCAAAUGUAAUGUGUAUAUUAUAAUGUACAUAUGUAUGUAUGACUGUACGUGUGCACAUUACACAAAAUCUCAAAACUACCAAAUUAAAUUUUUCUUUUAAUUUCUCUGUUACUAUCUGGAGGACUGAAAUGGGCUAUACAUCAUUAGAAAGAGGAAAGAAAUUGCAAUUUUUUGGCCAAAAUAGUUUUUUAAAUUGAAGUAUAUUUUUUCAUAUAUCAAAAUUAUUUUCUAGACAGGGCAAAGUAAAAAUGUAAAUUUCCCAUCAAAGUAAAAACGAAAUUUCAAAUUCUGUCUUGGCCAUUCUUUUAAUAAUUGUAUAAACUACAUUCAAGAUUUUUCUCAUCAAAAUUGGGAAAUAAAUAACUUCAAAAUUCUAAUUUUUUUUUCAAAAAUGUUUUUUUAUUGAAACUUAGUUAUUAUUAUUACACUCUUAGGUAUGCAUGAUAUAUAAUUAAUAAAAUUUAAAUCUGUCAAUAAAUAAAAUACCCCAGACAAUCCCUCAAAAGGAAGUUUCUUCCUGAGCCCCUACACAAAGUAAACAGCACUUCAACUGUGCACAGUAUAAAAAUUCCUCCAAAUUUGCUGUACCUAUUCAUAUCACAUUAAACACCCUUUUUUUUUACAUAUUUUAUUACAUUUUUUUUAAACCUUUUCCUAACAUACUUUUGCAUUCAAAACUUUCAAACAACAAAGUUGUUGUUCAAUUACGUAAAUCUUCAAGGACAUUGACAGUUUGACACAAACACUGAGUACAUUCCAUCCAUAGUAGCAGCUGACAUGCUGAAUGCUGACUUUCAUGAAAAAACAAGGCCACUUAAUGGCUCACCAUAGAGCAUGGUUGUCGUGUGAAGGUCAAGAUCAGAUGUUGAUUGAUGUGUGAACAAGUGUAAGAUAGCUUAAAGCACAUUAUCUUAACAUAUAAGUGGUAACUAUUGCUCUUAACUGUUCAUUUGUUAUAAUUGAAACAAAUGGUAUGGUGGGAUAGUCAUAAAUAUUUCUCUUAACCUUUUAUACACAUGGAUUAGUCAUGUCAUUAUUGUUAGUUACCUCAUUUCCUGCAAGGGCAGAGUUAAUAUUCAAUAAAAAAAAGUUAUCUUACAAAUGUUCUGAGCAUCAAUGGUUGUCAGAGCUCAUCUCCAAUCUUCUUUGACAAGAGCUACAUACUUUUAGUUAUGUUGGAACAGGAGAUAGAUAUUCUUAAUCUCCAUGCCUCAGGGGUUAGAUUUUUUUUUUAUCAUGAUGUCUGCAGUGAAGGAUUUUUGUGACCCUUUACUCAACAGUAGUAGCAUUGUCUUAUUUUCUUCUGUAUCUUGAUUAAUCUCACACCUGAUUAGCUUUGCACUUUAUUCAUGCCACAGUGGUAGUUGACACACUGCAUUGUAAUUGAUACACCAAUUUGCUGUAAUCAGUGGCAGAAGUCGGUUUGUUAUUCAGUGAGAGAGGUUUGAGCCUUAUAAACUUUAAGGCCUUCUUAUUGCUAUGCAACUCAACUAGGAAAACUUUUUAUAUAGUUCCCUGUUGUCAUUACAGGGAAGCUACUUGAAAUACUAAAAAUAUGGAGAGUAGUUGUAUUUGCUUUGUUUCAUCAUACUUUUGCAUAGUACUUGAAACUACCCUAAUUAUAUCAAGCAAUGGUUGAAGAGCAAAACAUGAAAAUGGCCUGCAAACAUUGGUGGGAUUCAAAUUUUUUAAGAACAGGUUCUCUCUAUGAGGGGUUUACCAAAAUAAAUUAUAAGUAAAAGGUGUUCAUGGGGGAAAAAUUGAGAACCCUUGAUUUAAGCUAGCAAUAACAACCGGUUCUCGGGAUUAAAGAAAUUCCAAGAACAGGUUCUUGCGAACCGGUGCGAACCAGCUGAAUCCCAUCACUGCCUGCAAACCAAUGCUCCCCAUAAGAUGAAUAAAUAUUCCAUAGUCUAAUCAACAUUGAUACGAGAAAUGUCUUGAUGCUCCUCUCUUGAAAGGUAUAGGUGAAUUUUCUCUUCAGUAAAGUAUGGCAUUUUAGUAACUGUUCAUACCUAUAUGCUCAGUUGAAAUUCCCAACAUUUGAAAGUGCGUGCCUCCUCUGACUUCAGUAUGUAUUUACCAGUUACAAAAGACUUGACGCUCCAAAAUUAUAUAAAGUGCAGUUUUCCACUUUUUCUUUUGGGGAGCAGUAUUUUUUUUUUUUUUUCAAAGCUUUUCGUGUUAAAAAAAGAAGAGAGAGAGAGAGAGAGAAUAUAUGUAUAUAUAUAUAUAUAUAUAUAUAUAUAUAUAUAUAUAUAUAUAUAUAUAUAUAUAUAUAUAUAUAUAUAUAUUUAUUUAUUUUGCUGCAGAAAGUGCCCAAGCAGAUUUUCAUGAAUUCGCGUGCCCCGUACCAUAACCAAGGACACGCAUACUGUGUCCUGGCGUGCUUUUGCCAAUAUACAAGUUAUUUUAUCUCUAUAUUUAUGCUUACAUCUCAAAACUAUCAAUUAAUUUAUUUUUCUUUAUGUGCACCAUUUAAUUCUGUAUUUUUUCAUAUAUAAUACAUGAUGAUUAUGUUGAGUUUAUGGCUGAAAACUUGUUAUAUUCAAUAGCGACAUUUGAAAUUUGACGCGCGCAGCGAUCUCGGAUACGGCACAGGGUGCUGUUUUGGCCCGGCCGUAGUGAAGGGGUUAAAGGUAAAUUGAAUGAAGAAGAAAUAGAGCCAAGGCCACUCAUUCAUGAGCUUAACUCUUGUACACAACAACUAUGUCAAUAUAGCUUAGUAAACUCAUCUUAUGUAUAACAAUGGAAAUGUAAUUUCAAUAUAUCCUUGUCCUCUCUUUAUCAUGCUUGUUUAACAAGAGAGAAAUAAAAGUAAGACUAUGCAUGUAUCAUAUUUCGGUUACAAGGAGAGGAGCCGUUGAAAAAGUUUCAUUCCUCCCGUUUAGCUUGAUGCAAGUGACUGAAACUCACAAGGAGGGUUAUAAAAACUUAAACAAGGUGCUGCAGAAAUACAAAGCAGGUCAAAGUUUCAAGGAUUUUGCCUACCUACCCAGUCUCUUACCCAUGAACAUCAAUCCUUGUGCUUAAAAGAAAGGACUAAAUGCACUAAUUGGCAGACAUGAGGCAGCCGUUACUUCAACCCUGGAUUCAUCAAUCAUGAAGCAGUUGAAAUGUUACUUUAUAAAAAUGUUUCCUAACUAAAAAUCAUAUAAAUAUUUUGAAUUGGGUUAUUCAAAGUCUGAUGUAUUUUCCCUUGGUAUAGUGACACAAAUCAGAUAGUUAUUUUGUCAAAAUUGUUAUUCAGUUGUAGAGUGCCAUGUAGUAGUUAUUGAAAACAGCUUUUCAAAAUAUAUCUAAAAAAUCAAUAUCCUCUCAUUUCUGGAAAUUGGAGAAAAUUUUCCAGUCAGGGAUUUUAUGCUAAAAGCCCUAAAUCAGGUGGAGGUCAAGGAAUUGAAUUGAAAAAUUCCCAAAGGUGAAAUUUACAUAUAAAUCCAGCACUGGAAUCUUCACCUCGUACUAAAGAUAUCAGAAUUUGAAAUAGGCCAAAAUAAUCAUCCUGAAAAAUUCAAAUUCACUAGGGAAAAAACAGAUUUUUUUCAUUGAAGAGUGGCAACCCUUGAGAGAGAGAGAGAGAGAGAGAGAGAGAGAGAGAGAGAGAGAGAGAGAGAGAGAGAGAGAGAGAGAGAGAGACUAAGUAUUCAAAAAACUA